AACGCCACUUAGGUUUAUCCGCACACACCCCGUAUAAUUAAUUAAGCGGAGUCUUAAUUUCGUCAAUCUUAUUUUUCUUGCCUGCAGCGAGUCAGUUUGCUCGCCCGAGCAAAAGACGAUAAGGUUUCAUUUCAAGGCACGUCACGGGCCAGUUGAGUCAUUACGGAAAUACCGAUUUGAACGCUUCUUGCUUAAUGUUAAGCUCUCAGGCUAAGGAGACUUAACCUUACUUUCAUAGAGUUAAGGUUACUGACAACGUUGCUACAUCGUUCCCUGGAGCGCUUCCAGGCUUUUGAGCGACGCUUUUUUUUAGUGCAUGGUGUUUUCCUGAGCCGUUUUUGAGAAGCCAUGAAGAAAACAGAGAAGGAAGCAGAAGCUUCCGGUGCCUCCAAGGAGAGCGAGGAAGAAGGAUCUUCGUCAAAGUCGGAGUCCACUUCAAAAGAGAAGCCAGGACCAGCAGGCAAGGAUGGAGGUGCAACACAGAGCAAAAAGGCUGCCGAGCAUGAUGCCGCAAAAUCUGAAGAGAAGUCUGGUGACGAGGCCGGCGAAAGUUCCGACACACACUCUCAGAAAGCACAGGGAGAUAAGUCUGGGCCAUCGACUGGAGACCAGACUGGCCAAACGCCGGCGGAAAAGACUGGCGACGAAGGGAGCAAGGCAUCCGAGGGCAAGAGUGAGGACAAGGCAAAAGCAAUGCCAGGGGGAGAGGCUCCGGAUAAGAACGGAGGUGCCAAGCCAGGGGAACAGCCGAGAAGAGGAUCUGGCGAAAAACCUGCGCCACAGUCCCGAAAGGGGUCCGGGGACAAGUCAGCGGACAAGAGCGGCGAAAACGGAAGCAAAGGAUCUGACGAAAAAUCAGGAGAGAAGUCUGGGACAAAAUCGGGAUCGAAAUCACCCGAGAAAUCUGGAUCAAAAUCGCCGGAAAAAUCCGGUUCAAAAUCACCGGAGAAAUCUGGAUCAAAGUCACCCGAGAAAUCUGGAUCAAAGUCACCCGAGAAAUCCGGGACAAAGUCUGGGGGGCAGUCGAGAAAAGGAUCGGGAGAUAAAUCUGGGGAAAAGGAGGGUUCAUCGAAAACGAAAAGCGGGGAGAAAUCCGGCACGGAUGAAGGAUCUGCGGAGAAAUCUGGAGAAAAAGCGGGAAGCCAAAAAGGAUCGCCUGGCAAACGCAGCCACCGCGAUUCCAAAGAGGAACCCGGUGAAGAUAAGAGCGGAAGUUCCAAAGGAGGCUCCAAGGAGAGAUCCAAAGGUUCUAAAGAGGGCUCCGUAGAGCCCCAAAAGAUAGUGCCGCAGGCUCGAUCCUUCGCCAUGGGAGCUCCAGAUAUGAAUGUCGAAGACGUGGAAACCUUGAUAGGGCACAUGGAAGAAGAACCUGCAGCGGCCCCUGCAGCUCCUCCUCCUCCUCCUCCUCCUCCUCCGCCGCCGCCACCUCCACAGAAAAAGUCUUGGUUUAGCUUCUUCAGGAAGAAACCGCCUGCACCGCCUGCUGGAGACGUCGAAGCUGGUGCACCAGGACAGCCACCACCUGCAGCUCCCGCAGCGAGUACGGGAGGUUUCCGAUUCCCGUUUUUUGGCAAGAAAGCCCCGCCACCGCCACCGCCUAAGCCGAAGCCGACACUGGCGGACAUCCUCAGUGCUGAAGGUGAACUGACGGCCACUGGGGGUUAUGGUGAAUCCGGCGCCGCGAUAAAGACGGUGGAAGAAGAACCAAUUAUCGCAGCACAGGUUCAACCACGUGAAGCAGCUGCACCGGUAUUGGGACCGCCUGUAGCGCCACCACCACCGCCGCCACCAGCGCCACCGGGGCCGAAACCUUCCUUCAUGGCGAGGCUCCGAGGGAUGUUUUCCAAAAAGCCUGCGCCGCCACCUCCCGGAUUACAGCAACCUGCACCAAUCCAGCCUGGCUUUGCACCAGUGGGUGCACCACCGGGAGCUCCUCCAGGAGUACCCCAACAGGCUGCACCAUUUCAACCGCCACCUGCAGGAAUCGCUCCUCCAGGAGCACCUCUACAGGCUGCACCAUUUCAACCGCCACCUGUAGGAAUCGCUCCUGCAGGUGUGCCCCAACAGGUAGCGCCACUUCAACCGCCACCCGUAGGAAUCGCUCCUGCAGGCGCUCCUCCAGGACCUGCGGUGGGACCACAGUUUGGACAGGCUGGUGCUGCUGCUGGUCCGGGCUUCAUGCCCCCGCCUCCGGGAGCGGCCCCUGCACCGGGACUCGGUCCCGGUCCAGCAGUUCCCGCUCCCCAGGAAGUUACAGAGUCAGUUUCUGGGAACGAAAUAUCCCAAUCGGAGCAUACGGGUCCACCGCCUGCACCUGGACUAGCGGUUCCGCCGGCUCCAGGACUGGCACCCACGGGUCCUCCGCCGCCUGGUCUCAAGGGGGAGUCGCAGAUAUCUGAGAAGGCGAGCGAUGUGGAGGCCAGUCGAACCCUGGGUGAAGUCAGCGGUGUCAGUGAGGCCAGUGAAGCGCCUCCACCUCCGCCUGGCAUUUCCGGCGCUCCAUUGCCUGGCGCUGGAGUGCAGUACGAACCACCACCACCUCCUCCUGAAGGGCAAGAACCCGACUUGGGAGCAAUGGUCGCACGUCUCGAGGUGACGACGCUUCAGUCGAAGAUCAAGAAGCUAAAAAUCUUCAUUUGCCUGUUGCUCCUCAUUAUCUUUAUCAUCAUCAUAGUGUGCUCCUUUAAUGUCUUCGGAUGCUUCAACGAACCCUCCUUUCCUUCUAUUUACAAGCUGAAUGAGACCACGGUUUGCCUGUCCGACGGAUGCAAGUCGUUCGUGUCACGCUUUUCGGAUUCCAUGCUCUCGUCCGUCGACCCCUGUGAAGACUUCUACGAACACGUGUGUGGUGGCUGGAUGCACGAAACAGUUGUCCCUCCAGAUUCUGCAGCCAUCGACGUCUUCACCGAAGCACAAAGAAGCAUCCAGGACGAGAUCAUGGACAUGAUGAACCAUACGGUCGUUUCCUACAAGAGCCAGAGUGCGGUUCAAAAGGCAGCGGCUGCGUAUCAAGGUUGCAUAAACAUGGAAUUCCGAAACAACAAGGGCACAAAGCCUCUCGAAAACUUUCUCGAUCACUUUGGAAUUCCCAGGUGGCCGAUAGUUCAGAGCGACUUUCAGGCGGACGUGACAAAGAUACUGGCAGACAUGAUACGAGAAGUUGGUCUGAGCGCACUUGUGCACGUUCGUGUAUUUCCCGAUUAUCACGAUAACCAAAAGCACGCUGUCUACAUCGGCCAGCCAACGUUUGGUGUGGAGCAGGCCGUGCUGAAGGCGAGGUUUCGCAGUCCCUACUUCAGAAUCUUGCACCGUUAUAAGCUGUACAUCUACCGGUGUUCUCUCAUCAUGGGAGCAACAGUGGCAGCGGCAGACCUGGUCAACGAAAUCGUCGCAUUCGAGUCCAAAGUAGCUGCGCUUGCAGAGGAGGAGACACCUUUGCCCAACCCCAAAAGGGUAUUUAACACGCUGACAUUGAAAUCCUUAGAGACCGCUGCACCGCUUAUAAGAUGGACCAACUUCUUUAAUACUAUAUUGAAAGACGCCCAAGUGACCUUGGACAUGAAUGAUCGCGUCAUCGUUAUGAAUCAUCUUUACCUGAACAGGCUGUCUCAACUCAUCAAAGAUACGCCGGAGUACAUAGUGGCCAAUUACCUUGGGUGGAGGCUGGUUGAGAAAAUGGGCGCGUUCACCAUAGAACGCCUUCGUCGAGCCACAUUUCGUUUCAACCGGUACCGCUACAGCACCGUGGAGAUCGCACCUCUAUCACGUGACUGCCACGGUUACAUGUCGCGUUACAUGCCUUUCGCUGUCGGUCGCUUCUACUAUGACCGAGACCGGCAGAAGCCCAUCGAACGGAAGGAGAAGGUUCAAGAGAUGGCGGACGAAGUAAAAACUGCUUUCGGGAUAUGGCUCGACCUUGCGCCUUGGAUACUCGAAGCCAACAAAAAGACUGGGGUGUUUAAGUUGCGAGAAAUGAAAGUAAACGCCGGUUUCCCGCUCUGGAUCAAAAGCGACGGAGAGCUGAACGAGUAUUAUGCCAGGAUAGCGGACCUACGGAUAGAAGACUUCUUCGGAUCCAUGCAAAAGAUAUUGCAAGAAUAUCAGCUCAACGAAUUUUCCAAACUUAAGCAGUACGGUUAUGCGAAUGACUUUGGGUGGCUGCCGACGCAGGAACAGUUCGAUCCUACCUAUCAGUACCUGGGAAAUUUCAUGUUGCUGGACGAAGCGUACGCUCAGGAACCGUUCUUCAGGAUGACUGCUAGCCCAUCCGUCAAUUACGGUGGGCUAGGAUCGGUCCUUGGACGGUACAUCACGUCAGGGUUUACCGCCUACGGGGCCCUGUUCAACGCUUUGGGAAACCUGGAUGACUGGUGGAAUCCUGCGAGCCGUCGGGGUUACAUCAGAGAAGCAAGGUGCUUUUCCAGCCAGAUCGAGUGGUACACCAACCCUUUCACUGGAGAAGUGAUCAAUGGCAGCGCGCACAUGGACACCCUGGUGGCAGACAACGCAGCCAUCAAAGAGGCUUACAAGGCGUACCGUGUGUACAUGACCAAGUACGAGGAGCUGUACAAGCUGGUAGUCAUUCCUGGACUGGAAACGUACACGCAAGACCAGCUAUUUUUUGUGUCCUACGCCAUGACAAUGUGCGAGAAAAUUCGGAGGCGUUCUCUUUUUUCCAUACUUCGUCCAUCGCCAAGAAUGUCGAAUCACUACAGGACAAACCUACCCCUGAUGAACUUUGACCGUUUCUCCUACGCCUUCAACUGUCCUCUUGGUUCACCGAUGAACCCGGAACUCAAGUGCGAAGUUUACUAGGCCUGUAAACGCGCAAAUAGGUUUACGAUAGUGUACAGUAAAAAUCGUGCGUAUAAUAUUCGCAC